AUGGAGAAAUAUGAAAAUGUACCUCCCCUCCCUAAUGAACCUGCAAGAGAAAUGAAUGUGGAGAACCAUACUUGUCCCCCACCUCUGCCGCCUAACGAACAGCCUCCACCACCUCCCCUGCAAACGUCCAGUGACGCAGAGGUAAUGGACGUUAGCUCUGGUGGUGAUGGACAGUCAGAUACCCCUGCUGGGGACACGCACAGUAUCUGCAGAACACAGCUUCUCACAAAGGGAUCUGCCUGCUACAAAAGUCGUCUUAUAAUAGACCCCAACAGUAGUGACCAAAGCCCGAGAACUGCUCGUCAUGCACUUUCAGUUCGAAAGUUCACCCCAGAUCUUAAGUUACUUAAAGAUGUAAAGAUUAGUGUUAGCUUUACAGAAAGCUGCAAAAGCAAAGAUAGGAAAGUUCUGUACACUGGAGUUGAGCAAGAUUAUAAGGCAGAUACAGAUUUUGGUACUAAUAAUGUCAAUGGGGAUUUGCAUGUUUGUCCUUUUGCUGGCAGUAAUGGUAAAGCUGUAGGAACAGGGGGUGAAAAUGAUGACAAGAAGGAUGAUGAAAAUGAUACUGAUCAGGAAAAGAGAGUGGAAUAUGCAGUUCUGGAUGAAUUAGAAGAUUUUACCGACAAUUUGAUGGAAAUAGAUGAAGAAGGAGGAGGGUUUACAUCUAAAGCAAUUGUUCAGAGAGAUAAAGUGGAUGAAGAAACCUUGAAUUACUCCUAUGAGGAUGAUUUUGAUAAUGAUGUGGAUGCUCUUCUGGAAGAAGGUCUUCGAGCACCCAAAACACGGAGACUAGAAAAUGAGAAAUACGGUGGUGAGAGUGAUCACCAGUCUGAUGGAGAAACAAGCGUGCAGCCAAUGAUGACCAAAAUUAAAACUGUACUUAAAAGUCGUGGCCGCCCUCCUACAGAACCUUUGCCAGAUGGAUGGAUCAUGACAUUCCAUAACUCAGGCAUUCCUGUAUAUCUGCACAGAGAAUCUAGAGUUGUUACCUGGUCUAGACCUUAUUUCUUGGGAACAGGAAGCAUAAGGAAACAUGAUCCUCCCCUUAGUAGCAUUCCCUGCUUGCAUUACAAAAAAAUGAAGGAAAACGAAGAAAGGGAACAAAAUAAUGACAUAACCCCAAAUGGGGAGGUAUCACCUGUAAAGCACAUAGAUAAAUCCUCCGACCUGGACUGCCAAACGGAAGAGCCAGAUUCCACUGCUGCUGAUUCAGGGCCUUUAGAUGACAAAGACCCUGCAGGGGGAGAUGCAGCACAAGGAGCCUUAGGACAAGUUAAGGCCAAAGUUGAAGUAUGUAAAGAUGAAUCUGUAGACCUGGAGGAUUUUAGACGCUACCUUGAAAAGCGUUUUGACUUUGAACAAGUCACUGUCAAGAAGUUCCGGACCUGGGCUGAGAGGCGGCAGUUCAAUCGCGAGAUGAAACGGAAGCAGGCGGAGUCCGAGCGGCCUAUUCUGCCUGCCAACCAGAAACUCAUCACCUUGUCCGUGCAGGACGCACCCACAAAGAAAGAGUUUGUCAUUAAUCCCAAUGGGAAAUCUGAAGUUUGCAUACUGCAUGAAUACAUGCAACGAGUCCUAAAGGUUCGCCCUGUUUACAAUUUCUUUGAAUGUGAGAACCCAAGUGAGCCUUUUGGAGCCUCGGUGAUUAUUGAUGGAGUGACUUAUGGGGCUGGAACUGCCAGCAGCAAAAAACUUGCCAAGAAUAAAGCUGCUCGAGCUACACUGGAAAUCCUUAUUCCUGAUUUUGUUAAACAGACCUCUGAGGAGAAGCCCAAAGACAGUGAAGAACUUGAGUAUUUUAACCAUAUCAGUAUUGAGGACUCACGGGUAUAUGAACUGACCAGUAAAGCUGGACUCUUGUCUCCAUAUCAGAUUCUCCAUGAGUGCCUUAAAAGAAACCAUGGAAUGGGUGACACAUCCAUAAAGUUUGAAGUGAUUCCUGGUAAAAAUCAGAAGAGYGAAUACGUCAUGACUUGUGGCAAGCACACAGUGCGAGGCUGGUGCAAAAAUAAAAGAGUGGGGAAACAAUUAGCUUCACAGAAAAUCCUACAGCUACUGCAUCCACAUGUGAAAAAUUGGGGUUCUCUUUUGCGUAUGUAUGGCAGAGAGAGCAGCAAGAUGGUUAAACAGGAAACGUCUGAUAAAAGUGUGAUAGAACUUCAGCAGUAUGCCAAAAAGAACAAGCCAAAUCUGCACAUUCUGAACAAGCUGCAGGAAGAAAUGAAAAAAUUGGCUCAAGAAAGAGAGGAAACACGAAAGAAGCCCAAAAUGACAAUAGUAGAAUCAGCUCAGCCUGGUAGCGAACCUCUGUGUACUGUUGAUGUGUAAUGAGAAAUCUUACAAGUGGGGAGCAAUAACACAAAUGGAGGAACUAGAUUUUCAACAAUUAUUUAAAAAUCUGUUUGCUGCAGAAUGCAAGAUAACUUAAAAUCCAAGCUGCUUCAGUUAUGCAUUAUUCUUUCUGCAUCAGGGCAAUAUUACAUUUUUCUGUUUUAUUUUCCUUUUUUUCCUUUUUUUUUUUUUCUUUUUAUACCUCUGAUAUGUGUGUUUAAAGGGUUGAUCAUAAAGAUUGCUACUUGGGCAAAUGCA